AUGGAGGCCAUGGAGGCCACGGAGGUGCCGGGGGCCCAGGAAGCCCAGGAGGCGCAGGAGGUGCAGGAGAUGCCGGGGGCCCAGGACUCGCUGGGAGCGCAGGAGGCACCGGGGGCGAUGGAGGCGACGGGGGCGCAGGAGGCAUCGGGGCUCCAGGAGGCCGAGGAGGCGCAGGAGGCGCCGGAGCGCCAGGAAGCGACGGAGGCCCAGGAGGUGACGGAGGUUCAGGAGGCGAUGGAGGCCAAGGAGGCGCCGGAAGCACGGGAGGUGCCGCUGGCCCAGGAGGCGCCGGAGGUCCCGGAAAUCCCCCCGGACGCCCAGGACAAUCCGGACGCCCAGGAGGCCCUGGGAGGAGAUGAAACCUUUAGCUGCGACACCAAAUGUGCAUAACAAUCAAGUAAAUACGAAUCUUCUGGCUUGCCAAGUCGGAACUUUUCCGAAGACCUUCAGCAGUCAACUUGAACCUCUGC